ACCGGAAAUAGAAAAUAAAGCGUGAAUUUUCAAUGUCAGCGUUGUGUAAAACAUCAAAGUUACAUAAAAAAGCAUGGGUGGGUCUGUCAGAAAGUUCAUAAGACCGAGAGCCUACUAUGACAUUGAAAGACGUGCACUGAAACAGAUUGAGAAGGAAAAGGAUAAACCAAGAGCGGCCCCGAAACACAAAACAAGCGCGAAAGAUCACGAGGACGUAUACGCUAAUCCUGACCCAUCAAUCCUCAUGAAGAAUGAACAGUUAAACAGUCGAAUGAAGGGAAUGUACCUAGAAUCUUACGGAUCAGCACCGGAGGUUAAAUCAAAAUCAAAUCGCCCCCUGCCAGAAAAUCGUUUACAAGUGGAGAGUACUUAUGACAAAUAUGGAUAUCACAUUCCAAACCGAGUAGCUCAUGGAAAAGUCAACUUCAUGCAAAUGAUGGAGCUGUUACGAAAAUACUCAGAAGCUAAAGGUCAGUACAGUGCAGCUGACAUAGCUGAGGAUUACAAAGUAGACCCGGUGAAAAUACAAAAUGUACUGAGUCAUUUCCAGGUCCUACAGAUUCAUCUACCAAAGGAGAAAGGAUUUCAGAGUUCAGCAGCAAACUUAGAAAUCAAAGACAGUAAAACUGAUCCUAUAGGACAGAUAGAUUCCAAAGGCAGCUGAGAUUUGUUAAAAAUAAAACUAUAAUUAUUAAUAACAUGAAGAUGAUUAAUUUCUAAUUUAUUUCGUAUGUGCUUGUCACUACAGAGAAGUGAAUGUUUUGUUUUGUUUGAUUGUGAUAUGAGACUAGAGGGAUUAAUUUCUCCUAUAUUGUUGUAAUUCCUGACUUGACUUAUUCCUGUUCAUUCCCCUGGGGAGCAUAGGGCUGCAUUGUAAAGCCUAAAUACAUACAAUUGUUACAUUUGCUUCCCCUCAUAAAACACUUGCACCAAGUGCCAGGACGGAGAAAACGUUGUAAUGGAACUUGUUUUUGAUGGUCUCUGAUAAUGAUUGGAUAAUACAUAUUACAGUGUAGUCUUUGGUGAUAUCCUGAAUAGUCUUGGAUUGUAUCUUGUAAAGCUUUAGAUUGUCUCAGAAAAUAUUAUGGGUAGUUUAAGAAAUACUAUUUACUAAAUAAUAUUCUGAAUAGUAUUCUGUAACAUUUUUGGAAAGGUUGGACCCAAAAGUUUGAUAACAGAUAGUUUUAAAAUUUAAAUGUAUAAUAGUGUAUAUAAUUAACAAUGAAUAACUAUAG